GACUCUGUGGUUCAGUAAAAUAGCAUAGUCAUUUCGACUGGCUUUAUAACGACAAUCCCACUAGAUCGGCCUCCAGAAGGCAAGUGUAGAUGUAUAUCAAUAGGUGACAGACAAGAACGCUGUAAAACGUUUUGCUAGACCUGGGUAUCAUACUAGGAAGGAGCAAAAUUAAGCGGGCAGGUUCCCCACUGUUGAAGAAGGUCGGCGCCAAAAUGCCGCCCAUCUCACAGAAUGACGGACUCAAGGGACAAGUACAGCAGCUUAUCUCCCAGCAUAAUGUGAUGGUUUUCAGUAAAUCCACGUGUCCCUUCUGUAAAAAGGUUAAAGAAUUAUUUAAAUCCUUAGGAGUCCAGUACUUUGCCUUGGAAUUAGACAAAGAAGCCAAUGGUCCAGACAUACAAAACACCCUGCUAGAGAUAACAGGUCAGAAAACAGUUCCCAAUGUAUUUAUCAAGGGAUCACAUUUAGGUGGCUGUGAUGACACGAUGAAGGCUCAUCAGGAAAACCGACUUUUACCCAUGAUAAACGGGGAAGAAGAAACCUAUGAUUAUGAUCUCAUUGUUAUUGGGGGAGGAUCAGGAGGUCUGGCAGCAUCAAAGGAAGCAGCAGGGUUUGGGAAAAAAGUGGCUGUGUUAGACUUUGUAAAACCUUCCCCACAGGGAACCUCAUGGGGUCUGGGAGGUACGUGUGUGAAUGUUGGAUGUAUUCCAAAGAAGCUCAUGCACCAAGCUGCCAUUUUGGGAGAAGAAUUAGGAGAUGCAAAACACUAUGGCUGGGAGUUUUCAGAUGGAGUGAAACACAAUUGGGACACUUUAAGAAAUGGAGUUCAGGAUCAUAUUGGGUCUUUGAACUGGGGCUACCGAGUGAGUCUGCGAGACAAAAAUGUUGACUAUCACAAUUCCUAUGGAGAGUUUAUUGGGCCGCACAAAAUUAAGGCCACAAACAAACGAGGAAAGGUGACUGAAAUGACAGCUAGGUAUUUCAUCAUAGCCACAGGUGGGCGGCCACGAUAUCCAGACAUACCAGGAGCACGAGAAUACGGCAUCACCAGUGAUGACAUUUUCUCCCUGCAAUAUGCCCCGGGAAAGACGUUAUGUGUAGGAGCAUCCAAUAUCUCCCUGGAGAAUUCUGGAUUCCUGGCUGGGAUGGGGUUUGAUGUGACUGUCAUGGUGAGGUCAAUCCUACUGCGAGGAUUUGACCAGCAAAUGGCGGAGAUUAUAGGAGACUACAUGGCCAACCACAAGGUCAAGUUUAUCCGCGAGGCUGUGCCCACAAAGAUUGAACGUAUCGAAGAAGGUCAGCCUGGAAAGUAUAGAGUGACUGCUAAGACAGGAGACGGGAAGGAAAUUGUAGAUGAAUAUAACACGAUAAUGAUAGCCGUGGGGAGAGAUGCAUGUACAAAAGGCAUCGGACUUGAGGAGAUUGGAGUUAAAACUCAACCCUAAGUAAGUUUUCAGAAUGGGAAAGUGAUUGCAAACGACCUUGAGCAGACUAGUGUUCCAUAUGUGUAUGCCAUUGGUGAUGUGCUGGACGGAAGGCUUGAACUCACACCUGUGGCCAUUCAGGCGGGUCGACUCCUCGCCAGACGCCUCUUCAAUGGAGAGAAAACACCGGUGUACCACACAAAUUUCCAGCCCUUAGAAUGGACAGUUCCUCACAGAGAAGAAAACGCUUGUUAUGCCAAAAUCAUCUGUUUGAAAACCGCACAUGAGAGAGUGAUAGGUCUCCAUGUGGCAGGCCCGCAUGCAGGGGAAAUAACUCAGGGAUAUGCUGUGGCCAUGAAGAUGGGAGCUACAAAGGCAGAUUUUGACAGAACAAUAGGAAUUCAUCCAACCAUGUCUGAGAACUUCACCACAUUGUCUAUAACGAAGAGCAGUGGGGUGGAUACCUCUCAGGCGGGUUGCUGAGGUUAAUUCCCACUGUUGAACUCUGUCUGGAUUGUGCCCAGAAUGAGUGCAAGUUAAGUAGCAGGUUAUCAUGGAUUAUACUAACAAACCUUUCACCUGUGGUGCUUUACCUGUGCUCAGACAGGCCAAACAGAGAGACAACAGUGGGAUGUAAACCCGAGGUGUUGGUUCGAUUUCUAGCCCACUGUCUUUCUGACAGUAGUAUGAUGGACUUGUUUAUAAACCUCAGACUGAGGAGAGACAAGACCUGAAUGGGCUGUGGAUGAAACACACCAAUUUCCAGUCCAUAUUACCAGGAUAUUAUAAAAUGCCUUAUGUUUAAACUGCAUAUUUAUUAAGAGCGAUUCAAGUAUAAUGUAUAUACAUUUAUUCGGCAUUAAAUAUUGGUUUGUGAAAAUUGAUCUUCAGUAUAAAGUUAUGCAGACAAUGUAAUUGCUGUAUGUUCUGUAAGUUACACCCCGCACUUUGUCCACCCGCUGUAUGUAGGAGAAACAGAGUUUUUGAUUAGGUUUUUUUGCACUUUCCUUCUGUAACAUGACAUUUGGGACAUUUUAUGCAUUGGUUAAUAUGUGUUCCUAAGAUCUGUUUGAUAUCUCACAAAAUCCACAGAUCUUUUAACAGACUACCAUGUAGUCAGUGAGUCUCAGUAACCUAUGAGAUACCGGUGUUCAAUUUUGGAAGUAUAAUCGGAAUUCCCAGAGCCUUUAUCUUUACACACCUCCAUAAAAAUUCCAGUAUAAUAAAAAAAAAAAUUGUUAGUAAAAUUUGUGAAAAAUCUUUGUUAUGCCUUAAAUACUAAUAACAUGUAUAUUAACUUGUAGCUGAGGAAGAAAAUAGCAGCUUUGGGUUUGAAGUGCAGUUAAUUACUCAUUGUGGCUGUUGGUAUAAUUUAGCUGUUAAGGUUUUGAUAUUUCAGUGAUUCUUUGUGUACUACAUUCCUAAUGCGCUUAAUAAGAUGAUUGUAUGGCUGGUUUUACUUCACUUGCAGCAUGUUAUAGAUCUUAAUGCACAGUUAUAAGUCUGUUUUUGUCUUGGUGAAGGAGCUCUCUUACAUCAACGGUUUCUGUGAUGACAAUGAAUGCAAAACCUGUAAUUGUUCACACAGUUGUUGGUACUAGAUCUAAAGUGUGUUGAAAUUUCAAUAAAUACAUGUGUAUUC